AAACUUUGGAGCUUGACUCAGUGUGGCGCAGACAGACAGGCGGGUCGGUCGGUUAGGAGACAAGUUCUCUUAUCUGAAGAGGAUGCAACACUAUGGCUGUGAAGUCAGAUAACAUUAGAUUGGUUUUAUAAAAGAGCUCUUAUUUGGAUUAUUUGAUAUAGUUUGUUUUAAAGCUUGCAUCAGCUAUAUUUGAGGAUGCAUCUUUUGGGGAUUUACACCAUUUGGAUUUUAUUCCACGCAACCCUGUGCAACUAUUCGGAGGAUCAGUGUAGCUGGAGAGGGAGUGGUUUGUCCCAGCAGCAAGGCAGCGUGGAGCAGAUCUCCCUCCACUGCUCCGAGGGCACCCUGGACUGGCUGUACCCCAAAGGAGCCCUUCGCCUCACGUUAUCCCCCCGCUUGCCCUCGGUGGCGGUAGGCCCCGGGGGCGGGGCGGGCGGCGGCUCGGGCCUCAUCACGGCCUGCGUCAAGCCCUCAGAGCAUUUCCACGGUGCCCAACUCUACCUGGAGAGGGACGGUGUGCUGGAGCUGCUGGUCGGGGACCGGCCCGAGUCGUCCCCGCCGCCGAGGGUGCGCUGCUUCAACCGCCAGCCAGGGGAGAAGGUGGCGCUCUUUAUGCAAGCGACGCCUCACCAAGACAUCAGCCGGCGUAUCGCGUCCUUCCGAUAUGAGCUGAGGGGGGACUGGACUGCCCGACUGUCACUUGACUCCAACCAGAUCAGUACUGUUGAAGCGUGCAGACCCUGCAAUGACACGGAGAUCCUCAUGGCUGUGUGUACCAGCGACUUUGUGGUGCGAGGUAACAUCAGGACUGUGGAAGAGGAUGAGAACCUGCGCGCCGCCGUCAUCAAGGUCAGCGCCGCGAAGGUCUUCCGGCAAAAGUACGCCCUCUUCAUCGGUAACGGUCGCAUGGCCGCCCGGGGGGAGAUUCGCACCCUUCUGCAGUGCGGCGUCAAACCGGGGCCCGGCAGCUUCCUCUUCACCGGUCGGGUCCACUUUGGCGAGGCCUGGCUGGGCUGCGCCCCUCGCUACAAGGACUUCCUGCAGGCUUACACCACCGCCAAAGCGGCCCAGCAGAUUCCAUGCGAACUUCCUGUAGACUGAAAGUUUGUCGCCGUUUGUCGACCAUGCAGAACCGAGGCGGAGUGGAACGCCGGGUCGGCCCGCUUCAUUCAACCUGUGGGAGAAACCACACAAAAGGGGCUGUGAAAAAAAAUGGACUUUUCUUAAAAGCCAUUUCAGUGCAAUAACAACUCGUGGAGCUGUGUCGACAGCUUCCUGGUUGCCAUGGAGAAUUGAAGCAGUUUGUUAGGGGUUAAAUUAUUUCAGCCAGAUGGGCCAUCAAAAAAAACAAUACUGCCCCACUUAUAUCAAAUGGAGCACUACUGAUUCCGAAGGCAGAUUAAAUUGACACGGCAACACAGAGGCUGAAAUCUAAUAGGACAAAGACAUUUCUGAGAUAAGCUACAAAAUGAAGAGCGUAUAAAUGAAUACAAUUUUACAGAACAACAACAAAAAUUACAUUUAGACUCAUUGAGAGUCACUGAAACUCAGGGAAUGUACGGAAAUGAAUUCAGCCGGGACACAGGAUACUUCCCGGCAGUCAAACGAGUUUUAGUUGGUUACAUGAGCGGACAAUUGCUGGUAUUAAGGAGAUUAGAAGAAAGAGGAAAUUGCACUGAGUGAAAGAAAGGGAACAAAUCGUGAUGCUGCAAACACUAAAAAACCAAAAAAUAAAAAAAAUAAAUAUAAAAAGCAAGAAUAUGUAGCACAGACGUGCAGCUAAGAAUUUAAUAUAUGUGCAUACCGAUAUUGUAAGCAGAAAUAAUAAGGCGUUGUCCCAUUCUGACUGUUUUUGUCAAUCACGUGUAAAUAAGUUUAUUCAAUGGAACUGUUGACAAAAUGUUUUCAAAUGGAGAAAGCAAAUCAAGAAUGGGCGGGGGAAGUUGACAAAUGUUUUCUUAUGUGCACUACAUCGUUAACGAGAUCGUACCAAAUGACUUUUAAGUGCCCAUUUGCUGUGUAUAUGUGAAUACAAACAAAUGUAAAUAUGUGGAUAAGAAAAUCUAAAUAUGUCACUAUUGUCUAUAUGUUUGUUUUUUUAUGUUCUCAGUCUGUGUUAUUCAAAUAUACUUUAAGAAAACA